AUGCACAGUCGCGCUGUCAAGGAUGGAAAUACUGGCGUUGUUAGUCCAUCAUUUGUGGAACAAAGGGAGCCUGAUAGGAAGCGCAAAGUGGCGAGCGCGUACAAUGCUUUCUCGCAAGCAAACACGGAUAUAAUCGAUAUGAUAAACUUCGGGGGAGCGCACUGGCUGGAGAAUACCAUCAAGGAGGUUGUAGAGCCGCUGCUACCGAUGAACGCCGAGCUUAACUACUGCAAGUUUACCUCGUGUCUUCAAGAAGACAGCGACAACUGUGGACUGUGGUGCUUGAUCGUACUGGAGCUGACACUUGCUCGUACUCCGUGGCACAAGGGCCUUUACAAGCUGAUGCCGUAUCUUCGCCUUCGAUACUUGGGUAUGUGCACGAACUACAUCGACCAAAACCGCGAUGGAAGAUAA